GUCAGCAACUGUCAGCUGUCAUCUGUGUGCGUCGAUUCGUUGCUUGACAACCAAACGCUUUGUUGUUGUUACCGGUUUUAUGUUGUAAACAACGCGAUAGAACGACAAGGGAAGAGGAAUAGAUCAAACAGAAACUUUGGUGCCCUUUUUUGAAGAAAGUAAACGAUUUUAGCAAUAUGCUACGAUUGUUAGGCAUUCUGUUUGCUGCUACUAUUGGCCUCGUGCAACCGAUUACGGUGGAUGAGAAUGGCUACAUCAUGUACUGUCCGUGUAUGGGCCGUUUCGGUAACCAGGCGGAUCACUUCCUCGGUUCGUUCGGGUUCGCAAAGGCUUUGAACCGUACGCUCGUUCUGCCGCCCUGGGUUGAGUACCGGAAAGGGGAGCUACGUUCCGUGCAAGUACCGUUCGACACUUACUUCCAGGUAGCGCCACUGCAAGCAUUUCAUCGCGUAAUAACGAUGGAAAACUUCAUGAAAACGCUAGCCCCAGCGCUAUGGCCACCGGAGGAGCGCAUUUCGUUCUGCUACACCGAACGGAUGGGGCUGGACGGUAGUACUGGGCACGGAUGUAACGCGAAAAGUGGCAACCCGUUCGGUCCGUUCUGGGACACGUUCGAGGUCGAGUUUGCCCGGUCGGAGUUUUUCGGUCCAAAGCUCAACUAUGAUGUGCACCACGGCGAUCGGAUGGCACAGAAGUGGCACGCCCGCUAUCCGGGCGAUAAAUGGCCCGUGCUGGCGUUUACCGGUGCACCAGCCGUUUUUCCGGUGCAGCAAGAAAAUGUCCCACUUCACCGAUACCUCCGGUGGUCGGUAAAGUACGAAGAUGAAGCGAAACAGUUUAUCCGUGACUCGUUGCCGAAGGGAGCGUUUAUCGGAAUUCACCUACGGAACGGUAUCGAUUGGGUGCGUGCCUGCGAGCACGUGAAGGAAAGCUCCAACCUGUUCUCCUCCCCGCAGUGUUUGGGCUACCGGAACGAGCACGGCCCGUUAACGGGAGAGAUGUGUAUGCCAUCGCGGGACACGAUCGUGCGGCAGCUAAAGCGACGCAUCAAACUGCAACGUGAAACGGCACCGGACAAUCCGAUCCGGGCCGUGUUCGUUGCCUCGGACAGUAAUCACAUGCUGAGCGAUCUGAACGAUGCACUGAAGCGUAUGGACGUGACGGUGGUGCGUCAUCCGGACGGUAACCCACACCUGGAUCUCGCCAUCCUGGGCCGUUCGAAUCAUUUUAUCGGCAACUGUAUCUCCUCGUACUCGGCGUUCGUGAAGCGGGAGCGUGAUUCGAACGGAUUUCCAUCAUCGUUUUGGGCUUUCCCGCCGGAAAAGGUUGGCCCCAAGGCGAAGAGUGCCAUGCCGCAGCACGAACACGAAGAGCUGUAGUGCCGACACGGAACGAUACGCAAGAACAUGAUGAUUUUCCUCAUUUUUUACUGCAAUUAGGUAUUAAUUUUACCACAAGCGUGUUUACUGAUAUUACUAGGAGCCGCAUCUCGUGGCAGAUUUUAAGAUACUUUUUUUUUGUCAAGGAAAUAAAGCAUAUUUUAAAUUUCA